AACAGAGCCCACAAUUCAGCCCGUUAUUCGUGUGCGACAGACAGCAGUAGCUGCUUCAAUAGCUCGCCGAACCUGAUCUAGGCCAAAGGGCACUCGAUAUUUCGUAGCACUCUUCACUCUGUCAGAAUUGGUUGAACAGAAUGGCGUAUGCUUCUCUGCAAGCACCGUCAGGACACAGCAGCGCUCGCCGUACUCGCAAGUCUCAGACUUUGAAGUCGCAGAGAAAUCCGCAGCAGCAGGCCGGCGACGCCUCGUCGCAGCCUGACUCGCAGCCUCGAUGGGUCAACCAAGCCCAGGAUCUCUGCUCGUCGCCGAUGUCGCCGGUCUCGCCGACGUCGCAGAAUCAAAUCCUCCCAUUUCACACAGCCCGUCUAGACGACUUUUUCUCCCUAGACUCUCGCGUUCUAGGAUCCGGGCAGUUCGGCACCGUGCGUCGCUGCACCGAGAUGCUCUCAGGCGGCCGAUUCGCGUGCAAAACGAUCUCCAAGAACCGGCUUAGGACCGAGGCGGAGCGGGAGGAGGUUCGGCGGGAAGUAGCGCUGAUGCAGCGGGUGGGCGCAAGCGGAGCGGCGGAGGCGGGGGAGGCGCACCCGGGGGUGGUGCAGCUGCGCGGAGUUUUCGAGGACGAGGAUUCGGUGCAUCUGGUCAUGGAUCUGUGCGACGGUGGCGAGCUGUUCGACGAAGUCGUGCGAUGUGGGCGACUGAGCGAGCGCGACGCUGCGACCGUGUUCGCGCAGAUCGCAUCAGCCGUCGCACACUGCCACGCGCGCGGCGUUCUCCACCGCGAUCUCAAACCCGAAAACAUCCUGCUCACGCGCGACCCCUCUGCACCGCGCUCAACCGCACCCCUAACCACGAAACUCGCGGAUUUUGGCCUCGCAGUUCCCCUCGACUCAGGCGAUCGCGCGAUUGGCGUCGCAGGGUCGCCGUUCUACAUCGCACCUGAGGUUCUACUCGGCGCAUACGCAUUCGAAGCCGACGUGUGGUCGUUGGGCGUGAUCCUCUACAUCCUGCUGAGCGGCGCGCCGCCCUUCUGGGGGGCGACGGAUAAGGACGUGUUCGUGGAUGUGCUUAAAGGGGUAGUGGACUUUAGCGGGGAGGAGUGGGACGGAGUGUCGGAGGAGGCUAAGCGGCUCGUGCUGUGCCUGCUCCAGAGGGACCCUGAGAGGCGCCCCACGGCCGCACAGAUUCUCUCCCAUCCCUGGAUCCUGCGGAAUUGCCACGCCAACGUGGCAGGUUCGGAGGCAGGUUCGGGUUACCUUGUGGUGGGUGCAGGAUCGGAGGUGAGGAUGAAUGUGGAAGCAGCUGCUAUGGUGGUGUGAGAAGGGAUGUGGCGUAGCGUGGCAUGAUCCUCUAAGGUCCAAGAUAGAUUGGAUUUCCCAGUGAGACACAGUCUUAGGCUGUAUUGCUUGGCCUGACAAUCAGUGUAGAGACAUAUAGGGCACUAGGUAGGCCGUUUGCAUGGUUGGCAGCUCUGCUAGCUGCUGAGUCAUGUACAUGUAUUUAUUACUGUGUCGGUCAAUGCAAGAGCUUACUUAC